CCUGGAAAUAUAAAUCUGACAGGCAACUGAUCUGGCUACUUCUGGCUGUACACAUUCGUCCUCCCUACCUUCUAGUUAUCAUAGAACCCACCACCUUCCACUUCCUGAGUAGACCCCAGGCCGGGUGUGGCCCCCAGCUCAGACUAGCCCCCAUGGAUCCCCUCCAGAAAUGGGACUCAGCAUUGAUUUCCGGGUCUUCCCAAGUGGCCAUUGUGGAGACCUCCCAGGAAGGUUCUGCAUCCUCUCACCUCAUCUCUUUAGAAGAGCUGAGGAUGGGCCUCAGUGGCCUGAGCACCACUCCUGGCUCCAGCGCCCCUACACCUUUGGCAGAGCGGCUGCUCCAGAGGCAGUGCAUGGAGCAGAAUAACGUCCUGGAGCAGCGCUGUGGACGCCUGGGUUUCCCUCAGAAGAAGAAAGCAUUCCUGGGACAAUUGAGACGCAGGCACCGAGAUCACAGGGCACCUUACCCGGUGGAAAAGGACAGCAGAAUCUUCCGCUCAGGCAACAGAGCAAAGAAUUGGUUCCGAUGUGAAUGUCUGUAUUGCCAGGCCCGUGGGCAAAAUAUUAUUGGGGAAAGGGAUGGGGCCACCAAUCCUUCCUCCUGGGAUACACUAGUGCAGGGACUUGGUGGCCUUACCCUCAGCCUGGGGGCUGAGAGACCCAGCCUCCCGCCAGAGGGGCCACAGCAGCAGCCUCAGCAGCAGUGUCAGCAGAGACAGCAGCCGCCAGAACACAAGUGCCAGCGGGAAAGCAAGAGGAGGUUCCAGAAGCUGUUCAAACAGUGGUUGGAAGAAAACUGAGGUGCUCAGCUUCAGGGGCACAGAGACCCCAAUGAUCCGCACAGUGCUUCGUUGUCAGCUUUUGCGUGUAGGCUUCUUUGUGGGACAAAAUACAGAGCUGUUCAUCGCGGGACUCCCAAGGCCUGCGCGUUUUCACCAACAUCUUCCAGGCAUGAGAUGUGACCCAUUCCCAGGAGGACCUCUGCUUUGCUGCCUGUUAUUUGUGGAGUAGUGUGGAGCGUUCUAGUGUAAAGGAGACUACACACCCCUGGUCCUCAGAUCAUCUCCUGUGCUCCUGUGAUGCAUGUUGACACUUUCCCUGCCUGGAUCUCUGUCUUUCCUACCUACUUCCUUAUUGGUACAGUGAGGGUGUCUGUGGCCUUGUCGAUGUCCACGUGCUUUUGUGCCCUUUGAUCCAGGUUCAAGAAUCUGCAACUGUAGAGUGUGGGGAGAAAGGUGGAGUCAGACCAUGGUGGUUCACUGUUUUACCUUCUGUAUAAACAAGAUAGUCAACUAGGCUAGGCUAACUGGAAGUUCACGUGUAGCUGCUCCUUAACAGUAGAGUAAUAUUCUCCCACACGGGAAUUUCUGAUGGAGUACCUCAUUGUCAAUGCCAAAUAAUAAACACACUUGUGAAAGAA